AUGGAGCUCCAAGAGAUGUUUCGUUACGGUUACAUGUUCCCUCCCCAAGAGGACAAUACUCCGACGUAUCUCGAGCUACCGGACUACUCUUAUCUCAAGGAAAAGAGCGUGAUUCUUCCCCCGGUUAGUUCCGUAAUGACGAUACAACCGCGUUGCGUUUCUUACGACAACAACAGUGACGGCUGGCACACGCCGAGUCCCCCAGCGAGCUUACGCUCAGUCAGUCCGUCGACGACAACCAGUUCCAUCGUUUCUGAGCACUGCGUUGAAUCCUUGAUAAAUCCAGUCACGAGCCCAAUGUGCGUAGUACCGAGUCGCAGUUCGACGUUGAUGCAGCAGCAGCAGCAGCAGCAGCAGGAUCAACGUCAUCAGCAACCGUAUCAACACCAGCUGCAACAGCAACAGCAGCAGCAGCAGCAGCAGCAGCAGCACCAACAGCAGCACGAAGAAUCGAAACGCUGCGGGCGUUUGCGAGCGGAAAGAUCGCGGAGCGACGUCAUGGACCGGGCGACCGAAGAGCCACGGAGUUUGCUCCAAGUCCACAUGGAACUGAGACGACCGAAGCUCGAGGACGAAGACGACAUCGAGGAAGACGAAGAGGAGGAGAACCGGGACGAGAGCAACAAGAUGAUCCACUCUUCGAGGAGGAGUGUCGUUAGUACAUCGAGCAGCCAAUUCUCCGACGGAAUGGAUAUGGACCUGGAGAGCGACGGUGCCAACAGCGACUCGGAAGAGCCAAACGGCCGGAGAAGAGCGGGCAAACACGUGAGCUCGAACGUCGUGAGGAAACGUCGUUUGGCAGCGAACGCGAGGGAAAGAAGACGAAUGCAGAAUCUGAAUAAAGCGUUCGACAGACUCCGCGCCUACCUGCCGUCCCUGGGCAACGACAGGCAAUUGUCCAAGUACGAAACCCUCCAAAUGGCCCAAUCCUACAUCACGGCGCUCUACGAUCUUCUCCAGUGACCAGUCGCAUCGUUGUUUUUGUUAUUGCUGUUAUUGUUGUAAAUAUCGAAGGUUACGCGACGAGAUAAUCGCAACGAAUAUAAUUGAGUGUUAUCCCCGCGAGGUGCCUCCUUGGGAAAUGGCUUGAAAGAACGUUUGUACAUAAGGAUCAUAAGAUUUGAAAAAUCUAGAAAAUCAGACAAAACUCAUUCCAGCUCCGAGAUCUCCCUAUUUUAUUUUUACAUAUUUUCAUACUGACGUAAGUUUUGUAAAAACAUUCGAAAAGCGCACGCAGGGCGCUUGAUGUAAAGUAUUUUGUUUUAUAUUUUGCCACGCAAAAGGAGAGCGAUGGUGGCGUCGCGUUAAAUCGUACGAUAUUAAGUUAAGCGAUCGAGAGACUGAUGAAUUAAGAUGGCUAUGUAUAUACAUAAAUAUAUUUUUUCAACGACAAUAAUUUUAUAAGUAAUAAAGUAAAAAAAAGAAUAUCCACGACUCAACGAUCUUCUGUUUGUCGUUUACUUGU